AUGAGGCAGGGCAUGAGGCAGGGCAUGAAGCAGGGCAUGAAGCAGGGCAUGAGGCAGGGCAUGAGGCAGGGCAUGAAGCAGGGCAUGAGGCAGGGCAUGAGGCAGGGCAUGAAGCAGGGCAUGAAGCAGGGCAUGAAGCAGGGCAUGAGGCAGGGCAUGAGGCAGGGCAUGAAGCAGGGCAUGAAGCAGGGCAUGAGGCAGGGCAUGAAGCAGGGCAUGAGGCAGGGCAUGAGGCAGGGCAUGAGGCAGGGCAUGAGGGCCGCUAGCCCCCAUGCCUUGUUGGCGGACCGACCGGCUCCAGCCCCGCCGGAGGUCCGGCUGACCCCUGCUCCUCGCACCAAGGCCCUCAGCCCAGCAGCCUCGUCCCUGACUCCCCCCGCUGCUGUCUCGCUGCCAGCCCCUAGCCCGGCUCCCCGGCCCCUGGAGGGGUCGCCACGCCCGGCUCCCCUUAGCCCGUCCUUCGGGCCGCCUGCCCGAACUCUCUGGCUUGUCUCGCCCCGCUCCCCGUUCCUCUGGAGAGCUCUGUCCUCGGGCUGCCCGCCUGCCCUUCCUGGCUCCCCUGCUCUGUCCUCGGGCCGCCCCCCUGAACUCCUUGGCUCCCCUGGUCCGCCCGGACCCUCAGGUCCCUCUGCUUUGCCCUCGGGACGUCCGCCCGGACCCUCAGGUCCCUCUGCUCCGCCCUCGGGACGUCCGCCCGGACCCCCUGGUCCCUCUGGUCCGCCCUCGUUACGUCAGCCCGAACCCCCUGGUCCCUCUGCUCCGCCCUCGCCGGACCCCAGUGCGACUUCCUCCCCCCCGACGUUCGUCUGCCAAGCCCCACCUAGUCCAGUGGGAAGGCCGCCGGGAGGCGUCCGUUGA